AUGCCCAAUUUAUCAGGAACAGCAUCCAGUUUACUGUUACCUUACAACAACAAUUCAGCUUAUUGGGAUAGCAGCAGAAUAAAUUACAACCUGGAAGACGAACAAGAAAUUGAUCAUUUUACUGCCGAUGAAAUAUUUCAUCCAGUUACAGAUUCAGCCAUAGAGACAGAAAGACUUGUCAUCAAUGUAAGCGGUUUACGUUUUGAAACACAAGUACGCACUGUAAGUCAAUUUCCCGAUACCUUAUUAGGUAAUCCGAAUAAACGUAACCAUUAUUAUGAUCCAUUGAGAAAUGAAUAUUUUUUCGACAGAAAUCGAUCAAGUUUUGACGGGAUCUUAUAUUUUUAUCAAAGUGGUGGUAGACUUCGACGACCAGUCAAUGUACCGAUUGAUGUAUUCAAUGAAGAAAUAAAAUUCUAUGAACUUGGUGAUGAAGCUUUAGCUAAAUAUCGUGAAGAGGAAGGAUUCAUCAAGGAAGAACCGAAAGUGUUACCAAGAAAUCGUUUUCAACGUAAAGUAUGGCUACUGUUUGAAUAUCCAGAAAGUUCAUUAGCUGCUCGUAUAUUGGCUAUUGGUUCAGUAUUUGUAAUACUUUUGUCGAUUAUAAUUUUUUGUUUGGAAACUCUACCACAUUUUCGUAGAUACAGAAUAAUGAAUCACUUUAAUUCUACAAUUUAUGAUGAAGAAGUCAUUUUUGUCGAGGAUGAUUUACCGACGAUUGAUCAACCAUUUUUUAUUAUUGAAACUUUUUGUAUAGUUUGGUUCAGUUGUGAAUUGUUGAUACGUUUUGCAUCAUCGCCAAAAAAGUUGGCAUUUUUUAAAGUUAUCAUGAAUGUCAUCGAUGUUGUCUCUAUUAUCCCUUAUUUCAUUACUGUUGGCACUGUUAUUAUUGAUGAUCCAAAACAACGUAAUCAAACUACAUCAUUAGCUGUGCUAAGAGUCAUCCGUCUUGUUCGUGUUUUUCGUAUAUUCAAGCUAUCAAGACAUUCAAAAGGGCUGCAGAUUUUAGGGCAGACAUUGAGAGCUAGUGUUCGAGAGCUAGGCCUGCUUGUCUUCUUCUUGCUUAUCUGUGUUAUCCUGUUUUCAUCAGCUGUUUACUUCGCUGAAGCUGAUGAUGACACUUCUCUAUUUCGUAGUAUACCAGAUGGAUUUUGGUGGGCUGUUGUCACAAUGACCACAGUGGGUUAUGGUGAUAUGCGACCAGUGACCGUGUGUGGAAAGCUGAUUGGCUCUUUGUGUGCUAUAGCUGGUGUAUUAACGAUUGCACUACCUGUACCGGUUAUUGUAUCAAACUUUAACUACUUUUAUCAUCGUGAAACUGAAUCCGAUGAAAAUUCGCAUUCGGUUACUUCGUCAAUGGAAAGUGACGCCGAUGGUGAUGAUGUUGAUGAAGAGAAGCAGAAACAUACACGAUUUCAAGAUAUCUCUCACCAUAUGAAUAAUAAAACACAAAAAACAGUUCUUCAUAAAGACAGUAAUAUCAGUAAUCCGUAUGAUAUAACACCACCACCACCACAUGUUGCCUUGAAACAAAAUUCUAUUUCACCAAAAAAGUCAACACCAUCAACAUUUUUCUAG